CGCUGACAUUUGUGUGAGUGAGAGAUGCUAUUAUUAAGGCCCGAGAGCUUCAGAUAAGACACAAACUCUCUUUCCUCUCCUCUCUCUCUAUUUUCUGUGUCCAAUCUUUGCCCAGAAUCUUCUUGUAUUCUGCAAUUGAGUCCAUUUGCCCCUCCAUAUUCAAUACUCCCCCAAUUACACACUCCCUACGCAGCACAAUGGCAGACAGAUUCGACCCCAAAUUCACAGGCCAUGUUCUCGAGACCAUUGGCCCCAAUUGCACGCCUCGCAAUCGUCUUGUUCUCGGUGCUCUUAUGAGACAUGUCCACGAAUUCGCUCGAGAAGUCGAACUCACAGUCGACGAGUGGAUGAUGGGGGUUACUUUCAUCAACUCAAUCGGUCAAGCCAGCACGCCCAUUCGAAACGAAGGCCACAGAAUCUCCGAUGUCAUUGGUCUCGAGUCACUCGUCGAUGAAGUUGCCCACAAACUCGUCACCGAUGGUGCUGACCCAACUUCCUCCUCCAUCCUCGGACCCUUCUGGUCACCCAAUGCCCCUUUCCGUGAGAAUGGCGGCUCAAUCAUUAUUGAUCCCGCUCCAGGCGGAAAGCCAACCUUGAUGCACGGAAAAAUGACUGAUCUCUUGACCGGAAAAGGAAUCCCGGGCGCCGUGGUAGACAUCUGGCAAGCAUCUGCGAACGGCAAAUACGAUUUCCAGGACCCUGACAACCAAUCUCCAAACAACUUGAGAGGGAAGUUCAAGUGUGAUGAAAAUGGAAACUAUCAUUUCUAUUGCUUGAAACCAACUGCGUAUUCGCUGCCGACGGAUAGUCCUGCUGGUGUGCUAUUGAGGUUGUUGGAUAGACAUCCUAUGCGUCCUGCUCAUAUUCAUCUGAUGAUCACUGCAGACGAGUACAGAGGUUGCACGACUCAAAUCUAUCCGAAUGACGACCCGUACCUCUCCACCGAUACCGUAUUCGCCGUCAAGGAUGAUUUGGUCGUCGACUUCAAGCCCAUAGAAGGUGACCCAAAAGCCAUCUUGGAUCUCGAGUACAACGUUAUCUUGGCGCCGAAGUCAUACAAAGGGGUUACGCCUCAUACACAAUCCUCCAUCGGUCUUGAGUCGAAGCUUUGAGGUCGUUGUUGGUGCGAGCGUACGGGUUGAAAGGAGAUGGAAACAUCAUGAAAGGCGUUGGUGUUCCUGAAGUGGUUGACAUGACUAGUCACACUGUCAAUAUACAUCAUUUCGAGCACUCUGGUUUUUCAUGCCUCAGAACUGAUGUGUCAAAUCUCUCCGUGAUUUCCAAUCCCAACUCUUAGACCGGAUUCCGAAAACUGAUAGGUG